AUGAACUCAUCUUCCUCAUCAUCCCCUGUUCAAGGCCUAACCAAGGAAGAAUACGAAACCCUCCAACCGGUCAUCAACACUUACCACCGGUUCGCAAACGGAAACGCAAACGCGUGCAUCUCCCUCAUAACGCAACACAUAAACGCACCCGCGUCAGCUGUCUGGCCGCUCAUCCGGAAAUUCGAAAACCCUCAGAAGCCUCCCCGCCUCGACCAGCACCGAGCGGCUCCCGCCGAGGAAGAAUACAAGACCCUCGAACCAAUCAUCAACAUCUACCACCGGUUCAACCCAAACGGAAGCGCUUGCACCUCCCUCAUAACGCAACGCAUCAACGCGCCCGCUUCGGCGGUCUGGCCGCUCAUCCGCAGUUUCGACAACCCCCAAAAAUACAAACACUUCAUCAAGAGUUGCCGUCUCGUCCACGGCAACGGCACGGACGUAGGCAGCGUCCGAGAGGUCACAGUCAUCUCCGGCCUCCCGGCCUCGACGAGCACCGAGCGUCUCGAACUCCUCGACGACCAAAACCGCGUUUUGAGCUUCCGGGUCGUGGGAGGAGAACACAGACUGAACAACUACAAGUCGGUGACUUCUGUGAACGAGUUCUUGAACGAAGAUUCCGGCGAAAUCUACACGGUGGUUAUUGAAUCGUACACCGUCGAUAUCCCCGACGGUAACACAAAGGAAGACACUAAGAUGUUCGUCGACACCGUCGUGAAACUCAAUCUCCAGAAACUGGGUGUCGUUGCGACAGCUUCUUGUUCUUGUCCUAGGCAUGGAUCUAUGAAUGAAUGAGUGAGUGAUUUGAAUGUGAGAGAUGAGAAAGAGAAAGAGAGAGAUGUUUUCGUGAGUUUUAGUUUGAUGAUUAUUGUCGUUAUUAAUCACUUUAUGCAAUUAACUAAGUUGUUUGUUCAUUCGGA